AUGGCAAAACCAGCAGCCAUUCCCGCCGCGAGCAGCAGCAGUAGCAGCAGUCGUCUACGCCCUCUGCACGCGCUCUUCGACCCCAUCCCGCUCUUCACUCUCGCCGCCCUCCUCCGCCUACUUCUCCUCCUCUACGGCGCCUGGCAAGACGCCCACUCGGCCCUCAAGUACACCGACAUUGACUACCUCGUCUUCACCGACGCCGCGCGCUCCGUCUCCCUCGGCUCCUCGCCCUACGCGCGCGCCACCUACCGCUACACGCCGCUGCUCGCCUGGCUGCUCCUCCCCACCGCCGCCACCACCACCAUCCACCCCUUGCUCUUCCACUCCGGCAAGCUUCUCUUUGCGCUCGCCGAUCUUGCCGCCGGCUGGCUCACGCUCCGGCUUCUACGCGGCGAUGGCGGCGGCGGUGGUGGCCUCCGACCAUCACCACAGUCGUCCUCCCAAGAUAGCCGCAUGACGGCAUCGCAGAGAGCAGGGGCGUUUGCGGCGCUGUGGCUCUGGAACCCCAUGGUCGCGACCAUGAGCACGCGCGGCAGCGCAGAGGCCUUGCUCGGCGUGUUGACAAUGGCGCUGCUGUGGGCAGUCGCCCGCAAGAGGGUGGUGCUGGCCGGGGUGGUGCUCGGGCUGGCGGUGCAUCUGAAGAUUUACCCGUUCAUCUAUGCGCCGGCGGUGGUCUUGUGGAUGGACGAGGAGAGGAUAGCGACGGGCGGCCGAGGCAAGGCCAGAAAGAGUACGACAAAGACGCUGUUAGAGGCGGCAAUGCGCUUCGUGACGCCGGCGCGGAUCAAGUUUACCGUUGCCAGUCUGACGACGUUUAUGCUGCUCAACGUGCUCAUGUACUCCAUCUACGGAACGCCGUUUCUGGUGCACACCUAUCUUCAUCAUGGCACCCGCAUCGACCACCGGCACAACUUUUCACUUUACAACAUUCUGCUGUACAUCAACUCGGCGACGCCGCGCGGCUCCGUCUCGUCAUCGUUGUUGCUGCGCACCGAGUCCAUCGCCUUUGUGCCGCAGCUGCUCUUGUCGUGCGUGCUCAUCCCGCUCGUUCUCGCCAAAAAGGACCUCGCCACGUCCAUGAUGGCGCAGACAUUUGCCUUUGUCACGUUUAACAAGGUCUGCACGUCUCAAUAUUUCCUCUGGUACAUGAUUUUUCUGCCGCUCUACCUGCCAGGCUCAUCGCUGCUGCGGAACCCCAGGCUCGGAAUCUCGGCCUUAUUGCUGUGGGUUGUCGCGCAGGCGACGGAGCACGAGGUCGUUCAGUAG